UCAAAGCAGUGUGCAGGAGCUGACAGGGGAGAGAUCUGUGUUGUUUAUACACAGGUCUCUCCCCCUUUGGUAAUUCUCGGAGAUCGCCGGGUGCUGGAGAGGAAUCACCGGCCGGGACCUAGUGACUAACAGCUGAAGCCGCAAACGGCAGCCUGAUUGGCAAAUCAGUGAUCACAUGAAGAGUAGUAAGCAAGAUGUCACUUCUGACAUCAUUGCUUACUACAUGUGAAAUCUAAAUGAAUGAUCACAGAGGUCACAUGGUACAAGGCUAUUCACAACAGCC